UGGCUUACAACGCAACCCCUCCACACACCGCAGUUCAUCUCCAACUGGUCUGCACUUCCAACUCCGAAACCCCUCUCACUGAACCCAUAAUUUUGCCCUAACAAUUUAUCCACCAUAAAAUGGCUUCUUCAACCAUCAACGAUCUCAACCUCCUUUGUCUCUGGGUCCAACAUCUUCAUCUUGUCUCUUCAAUGCAUACCGGGAACCCCUCAAAAGAUGCCACUCCUAGUAGGGAAGGUAGCCGGGGCAGCGGCUCGGGGACUCAGUCUCCUGCUGCGUCUGGACGCCAUCCUGUUUACCGCGGGGUGCGACGCCGGAGCAGUGGGAAGUGGGUGUCGGAGAUCCGCGAGCCCAGGAAGCCAACCAGGAUAUGGCUUGGGACGUUCCCGACCCCAGAGAUGGCUGCGAUCGCGUACGACGUCGCUGCAUUGACCCUCAAGGGCCCUGAAGCUGAGCUGAACUUCCCCGCCUCUGUGGCUUCCUUGCCGACUCCUGCCUCCUCUUCGCCACGCGACAUCCAGGCAGCGGCAGCUAGUGCUGCUGCGGCUGCCGGCGCUGCUCGGGAUGCUUUGCGUCCGACUAGGUUAGUGCAGGGAGAGGGACAAGGACAAGCGAGUAGCGAACGGAGGUUAGAAGGGAAUGCAAGUGGCAACGUGAAUGAGUUCGUGGAUGAGGAAAUGAUAUUUAACAUGCCCAAUGUUCUGGCGAACAUGGCCGAAGGAAUGCUUCUUAGCCCUCCUCGUUUGGAGGUCGAUUCGACUCCAGGCCCUGAAAAUACAGAAGAUCAGGAUCUCUGGAAGUUCUCUUAAAUCUGUUUACAUAAAUAACGUAAUUGAUUAUGAACCAUUGUGCUAUUAAAGAGAAAUAUGGCUUGUUGUGGUGGUGAUUUUAUUAUAGGACGGCAAAUAGAGCAGUAGGUCGUCGUGCAGGUUUUUGUAUCCUGGUAGAAAAAAAGAUCUCUUAAUUCUUUUCAAGAGCUAUGUCGCUUGUGAUAGUAUUCGAUGUUUUGAUGUCAGGCUGGUUUGUGUUUCAUUUC